AUGGAGACGGCAGAAGAUGUGGUUGAUGAAUUGUUAAAUUUGGUGGAAGCUUCGUCGAAGAAUCCAAUGGAAGAAUUUCUCAAUGAUUUAGUACAAAUACCAUCCAACGAUAUGAUGGAAAAAUCGUUAGAAAAUUCGUUAGCAAUAUCAUCCAGAAAGAAUAAGAUAGAUGAGAUUUUGGAUGAUUUAAUAAAUGCAACAUGUAAGGAUGAAAUGGAAGAAUUGUUGAACGAUAUGGCAGAAAUUUCAUCGAACGAGAUGGCAGACGAGGAGAACUUGAUUGAUAUGUCAAUUGAAGAUACAAUGAAUCAACUGCUGAAAGCUUUGAUGGAAGCAUCAUCGGAGGAGACAGUGAAUCAACAACUACUGAAAGAUUUACAACAAAUGACAGUGAACGAACCGUUAGAGGAAAAAUUAAAAGAAAUGUCUAAAAUGGCAUCAUUCAAAGAUUCCUCCAUUCAAACAUCAUUCAAGAAUUCACUGAUUGAUGUUUCGCCAAAUUUGAUGAAGAAAGAAUUGCCUGAAUCACCAAUUCAAGAAUCAUUUACAGAUUCCGAUUCCGAUGAACUCACUUCAAGUGAUUCCGAAUCAAUUGAAGAGGUUUAUCAAAUGAGUACUGCCGUGGAGAAAAGUGUUAUUUAUCGAAGGAAUGAUCCAGGAACAACCAGAGAAGAAUGGUGCAAUUGGCCAGAUAUGCCCUUUGAAGAGAUGGAUAAUACAUUGAAUGUGCAGCAAUACAUACAGCAAUGUAUUCAUAAGGAUCCAUCAGAUGUGGAUACUAUUCUAAAAGCUCCGCCAAGUCAGGAAGAAGGAGUAUGGAAAUAUGAACAUGUUAGACAGUUUUGCAUGCAACUCAACGGUUUAACAUUACUCCUGCAGGAUGAAUGUAAGCCAGAUGUUUGCGUGCAGAUGACUGCCACAGAACAGUGGAUAUUCCUUUGUGCGGCUCACAAGAAUCCAAAAGAGUGUUCUGCAAUCGAUUAUACGCGACAUACUUUGGAUGGUGCAGCGGCAUUAUUGAAUAGCAAUAAGUACUUUCCCAGUCGCGUUUCAAUUAAAGAGUCAUCAAUUGCAAAAAUUGGUUCGGUAUGCCGACGAAUUUAUCGGAUUUUCUCACAUGCUUACUUUCAUCAUCCGGAACUCUUCGAAAAAUUUGAGAUAAUUAUGAAUAAUGACGAUCCGGAAUAUAGUGAAGAAACAGGACUUGAUUUAUUCCUGAGACUCGGUGCGCCAUGGCUAAUGCAGAAAACUGGUUAUCCGGAUAUCGAUACUUAUCUCAAUGGUGGUGUUGCUCGGGGUAGGCUUACCGAAUUUGUUGGUAACGUUGCUUCCGGAAAGACACAGUUAUGUCUUUCGCUCAUUGCUAAUCAGUUGGUCGAUGAUGAAAAGGAGCAAAACAAAAUCGUUUAUAUCGAUACAAAUGGUAGUUUUGGUAGUAGUCGUUUACUACAAAUGAUGAAAUCACGUGGUGUUCAGGAUGAAAAUAUAGCAAAAAGGAUGCUUAAACGAGUAUUUAUAGCACGAGCUUAUGAUGAAAAAGAUCUUCGAGUUGUGCUUUCAAAUAUUCAAAGUUUGGAAUUGGACAGUCGAGAUCAUACUUCACAGAAUCAUUUCUGUAGUAUGUAUUUCUUCGUUAUCAGCGAAAAUGCGACGGAGCGCAGCCGCGAUGAUGUGGCAUGGCGUCAUCUCCAGAGCGGGAAGAAGCGUUUCGUCCGUGCUCUUUGA